AUGUUGGAAAAAUUUGAUCAUCAGUUAAACUUAACAGUCAGAUUCGUUGAAACCAACGCUCGAUCGAUUCAAUCUCUGUUUAGGACCACAGCUGAUGAGUUCCAAUCAAUGGCCAAAGUAAUAACUCACACCCAGGAUGCCCUCAAGCAAUCGAGUGAGCAUCCAGAGGUUCAAAGUCAGGAGAAGUCCUCGGUUAAUACAAUAACACAAGAGUAUGUUAUCACUCCAGGAGAUAAUAAUGAUAAUGUGCAAGAGAAUAUUACACCACUACCUUUCAAGAUGCAAAAUGAAAAAGAUAGAACGAAACGGAAAUUAUCAUUCAAUCGUAUGAAUGAUAAUAUACACACAACCAAACGUGAGGAUAGAGACUUAACCAGAAAGCGCAAUCAUGUUCUUGUCAGUUGCAUAAAGGAAGAACAUGAUUUAAAAAUGAAAAAUAUGAUGGAAGCUCAUAGUUUUAUUAAAGAGGAACAUAAUUUAAAAAUCCAAAAAAUAUUAUUGGAAAAAGAAGAAACGCAGCUUCGUGUUGAAAAACUUAAAUUAGAAAUUUUACUUUUAAAAUCAAAAUUGCCACAAUAA